AUGCGCGCUCAGCAUAGCAGCGCGCGCCAGCAAAACGCGCGCAGAAAAGCGCCCCAUUUUUCCCCUCCUUCCCCCCCCCCCUUCUUCCCCCCUUUUCCCCUACGGCUUCCCCUCCUUUCCCCCCCUGCUUCCCCUCCUUUCCCCCCACGCUUCUCCCCUUUUCCCCCACGGCUUCCCCUCCUUUCCCCCCCUGCUUCCCCUCCUUUCCCCCCCUGCUUCCCCUCCUUUCCUGCUUCCCCUCCUUUCCCCCUUGCUUCCCCUCCUUUCCCCCCCUUCUUCUCCUCCCUUCCCCCCCUGCAUCCCCUCCUUUUCCCCCCUUGCUUGCCCUCCUUUCCCCCCCUGCUUUACCUCCUUUCCCCCCCUGCUUCUCCUCCUUUCCUGCUUCCCCUCCUUUCCUUCGGUGAUUCCCCUCCUUCCCCAAUGAUUUUCUCCCUUCCCCCCACUGCAUCCCCUCCUUUCCACCACUGCUUCCCCUCCUUUCCCCCCCCUGCUUCCCUCCUUCGACUUUGCUUAUUCUCGGUCCUCCCUUUUUACCCUGCUUAUGCUCCCUCCUCCCUUUACCCUCCCUCUUGCCCUCUACCCACUGUUUCCACUUUCCACCUCCAGGGGGGAAAUGAGGGCGUGCAGGGGGGCGAAAGAGGGCGUGCAGGGGGGGAAAUGAGGGCGUGCAAGGGGGGAAAUGAGGGCGUUCGAGGGGGGGGGGGGGGGGGGGAGGGUGGUGGGGGGAGGAUGAGGGCGUGCAGGGGGGGAAACGAGGGCGUGCAGGGGGGGGGGGGGGGGGGGAAUGAGGGCGUGUCCGGAAGGGGAGAAGGCGUGGCGGGAAGGGGAGAAGGCGUGGCGGGAAGGGGAGAUGGCGUGGCGGGAAGGGGGGAUAGCGUGGCGGGAAGGAGAGAUGACGUGGCGAGAAGGGGGGAUGGCGUGGCGGGAAGGGGGGAUGGCGUGGCGGGAAGGGGAGAUGACGUGGCGGGAAGGGGAGUUGGCGUGGCGGGAAGGGGAGAUGGCGUGGCGGGGAAGGAGAGAAGGCGUGGCGGUGGUCGCGACGGGGCCGCCGCUUUCCUGCUGGUGGACGAGCAGCGUGCGGAACUGGCGAGCUACCGGGAGCUGGUGGUGCUGCGGCAUGCGACUGAGCGGCUGCUGCGUUUGGUGGACACGUCCAUGCACUCCGUGAUUCAGAGAGAGCGGCAUGCAGCGCGCAGGGAACUAGCAGCAGCACAGAGGGCAAGGCGGGAGGCGGAGGUGAGGCAGCAGCGGUGUGGGCGGCUGGAGAGGGAGCUUGGCGAGGAGAGGAGCCAACAUGCUGCCGUUGCGGCUCUGCUGGUGGGUGCCAUAUUGACGCCCCCCUGGACUGGGUGUUGUUGCUCGAUGCCGGUUGCUGCUCUUGGCCGCUACCUCGACUUUUUUCCUUUUCCUCUUCCUGUUUCAUAA